AUGGAGAAAGAAAUAAAACCCGAAGAACUAAUUCCAUUACUUCACGAAAGAGCAGUCCUUUGGAAUAAAACUUUAAAUGACUACAAAAAUAAUAAUCUGAAACUAUUGGCCUGGCGCGAAAUUUGUACCAUACUAAUACCUAAUUUUGAAAACAUGGAAGAAAAAGAAAGACAACAUUUCGUUGCUAGACCUAAUCCUCCUCAAGAGUCUGUUUCGUCGCGUAUAUCUCAACCAGGGACAGAAGGCAGUACUCAGUUGUCAGAAAAUUCGCAACCAAGCACUUCUAAAAGACAAAAGACCAUGCCACCACAGCAACAUAUAAUGGAUGGAAUGGAGAUGUCAAAAUGA